AUGCAGUUAUUCAAGGGUUUAAAAAAUUAUAUACAUUACUUAAAAAUUCAAAAUGAAUUAAAACGACAAUUGUACAAUGUUGAUCAUAUUCUAUUAAUAAAAAAUUGUAUCCAUAUUUCGAAUCUGUUUAAAUUUGGAAAUGCCAACCCAGUUUGUGGUCAAGCGGGUAGAAGUGGCAAAAGAAACGGGCUCGUAAAAAAUGAUGAAGACAAUUAUGCGAAAAAACGAGAUGACGAUUAUGAGAAUAAGCAAGAUGAUGACGAUUAUGCGAAAAAACGAGAUGAUGACGAACAAAAUUGUAUAAUAAAUAAAAAUAUAUUAUGGGGAAAUACAAGCAUUAUAAAUAACAUGAAUAGUCAGGUGAAAAAAAAAAUAGAAAUAAUUUUACACUCAUAUAAAUUUAAAAAAAUAAAUAUUUGUGUUCAGGAAAUAUUAGAAAUUGUAAAUGAUCAUCCUAGAAAUAAAGACAUAUAUAUAAAUAAAAAUUUAUUAUUACCUUUUUAUAUAAUGUUAAUAAAAAAAGGAUAUUACCAAAACAAUUUAAAAAAUAAUAUAUAUGAUAACUGUUUUAUAAAUAUAUUUGACUAUAUACAUUAUAAUAUUAAUGAGCAUUUAAAUUUUUAUAAUUUAAAAAAUAUACAUGAAUUAUUAAUUUGUUUAUCAAAAUAUUUAUAUAAAAAUAAUUCAAAUUUGAUUACAGAAAAUUUGAUUAAAAAUAUUUUUUAUUUUUCUUUUUUUUCACAUUUUAACACUUUUAAUUAUAAAACUAGCCCAAAAAAUAAUAAUAAUAUAAAUGGCAAUAACAAAAAUAAUAAUAUAAAUGGCAAUAACAAAAAUAAUAAUAUAAAUGGCAAUAACAAAAAUAAUAAUAUAAUAAAUGACAAUAAUAUAAAUGACAAUAUAAAUGACAAUAAAUAUAUAGAUCAGACAAAUUUAAAAAAAAAAAAAAAAAAUUCCUCAUAUGAAUGUUAUUUAGACAAAAAUAAUAACCAAGCUAUAAAACAAUUGAAUACGAAAAAAAAUAUAAAUGAUCUUGUUCAACUUUGUGAAAAAAAUAAAGAUAAUAAAUUAGAAGGAAAAAAUAAUUUGUUAUUUUCUCAAAAUCAACAUUAUAUAUAUAAUAAUAAAAAAAGAGAAAAAAAAAAAUACACAUAUCAUGAAGAAACAUUUUUUUAUUUAAAAAGUUAUGUUAUAUUUUUAUCAAAUAAUCCAAAAUAUGCUAAUAAAAAAAUAUUGUCUAACAUAUCUACAUUAGCAAAUAAAAUUGUAGAUUUAAAAAUAAACUCGAUUAUGUUAUUAUCUUUUUUAUCUGCUAAAUUAAAUUUGAUAAAAAAAUAUCCUGAACAAAAUAUUAUUAACUCACUUUUUUUAAACAGAACUGCCAAUUAUCACAUUUUGCACACAAUUUUGAAAAGCUUCAAUUUGGCCCACGCCCCAAGUCAAAGGAUAAAAUGUGGCGAAAAAAAGGGUGAGAAAGUAAAUGAAAAAAUAAAUGAAAAAAUAAAUGGCGAAGAGGGUGAAGAAGAUGGCGAAGAAGAUGGCGAAGGGAAGUACAGCUUGUGGCGCUGCUCGCACAUUGUUAAUGUGAUAAAAAUUCUAAAAGUAAAAAAUAUACUGCUUUCAAAAGCGUUUAAAUCGGAUGAAAAUGGAGAAAGGUGUUUACAAGAGACGUUUGCCAAUGUUAUUAACAAACUUGACAUGUUUUAUUUAAAUAACAAUGACAAUAAUGGCAAUUUUGUUGGAAUCUCGAAAAAUGAAAUUGAUAGCUUUUUUUGUAUAUAUAUAAAUUUAUCAAUAUUGCUAAACGAAGUAACAAAUAAAAAAGAUAUAUUUUUUUUAAUUUCAAAUUUUUUAAAUAAUUCAUUUCAAAGUGUAUAUAUAUAUUAUAAUAAUUUAUAUAUCAAUAUGCUAAUCAAUUUAAUAAAUGGAAUGUAUAAUCAAUUAUGUGCAUAUAACAAAAUAAAUAUCUAUGAUAUACAUUUUGAAAACGUUUUAAAUAAACAUAUUAGUGAAGAAAUUGAUUCUCACCAUAUAAUAGCUUCAACACAUUUGAUGGAAAUAAAUUCUAAAUCAAAUUUAGCAUGUAACCCUAUAAAUAAGUGUCUACAUCUAGUUAAUGAUAUUGGUACAUGUUUAUUACAUUCUAUUCAAGAACAAAAUAAGAUGCCUCUUACAAAAUUGGUAACUGUUUUAAAUUAUAUACAUAAAAUAAAUAAAAUGUUUAACAUAUUUAAAAUUUUGAUUUUUAAAUAUAUUGACCAAAUUCAAAAACAUGUUGGAAAUUGUCAUAGUAAUUUAUACACCAAUUUAGAAAACCACCACAUGCUCAUGCUUGUAAACAUAUACCUCUAUUACAAUAAUAAUAAAAACGAUGAUAAUAAAAAUGAUGAUAAUAAAAAUGAUGAUAAUAAAAAUGAUGAUAUACCAAAUCUUAGCUUUUUGAUCAAAUGCAUAAAUUUUAUUAACAUCAACGAGCGAAAUAUAGGAACAAUCAGCGAAACAGAAAUUGUUAUGUUUCUCAAUUUUUUUAAAAAAUAUUAUCAGAUAAAAAGAAAAAAAAAAAACACAAACAAUUUCGAAUCUAAACUUGGUGCUAAUAUUAGUCGCCAUGACGAAGAACAUGACGAAGAACAUGAUGAACGUGACGUUUUCAAAUUUUUAAAUAAAAAGAAGGAAAGGUGCGAUUCGGAAAAUUUUGAACUGUCUAUAAAAAAAUGCAUGGACCAAAUUGUAAAUAAACUUAUAUUUGCAUAUGCCACUAAAGAUGUAGGCGAGCAAAAUGGGCGAUUGAAAGAUGUAGGCAAACACAAUGAAAGCCUACGAUAUUCCAUAAAUUUAUAUUUUAUAUUAUAUGAAAUUUAUUUUAGUCAUUAUAUAGUUACAGAAAAAGAAAAAGAAGUGUCACUAUCCUUUUUGACCAAUAUGAUAAAAUUAAAUAAAAAUAGUUUAAAUGCAGAAAAUUAUUAUCAUAUAAUAUCUUGUUUUUUAAGCAUAAAUAUUUAUGAUCACAAUAUUUAUUAUUUAUAUGAAGAGUAUCUAAAAAAUAAUAAAAAAAUAAAUAAAAAAUAUCUUUUGCAAAUUAUGAAAAAAAUAUUUGAAAAUUUUGUUUCCAUUUCAAAUGUUAAUAAAUAUAAAAUAAAAAAAAAUAACAAUUUUAUUUUUGAUCAUAUAAAUAAAAACUAUAUUAUACAAAUAAAUAAAGAAAAUUAUAUAUUUGAAAAUAUUAUAUAUUUGUCUUGUAAUUUAUUAAUCUCUGAUCUUGAUUAUAUAAAAAACAUUCGAUACUUUAAAGAAGUAUUUCAUAUAUAUUGUGAAAAUUAUAUGAAUUAUUAUCUCAUAAGAAAUAAUUUUAACUACUUUUCUCUUUCCUAUUUUAACAAGUUUGUAUAUUCUGAAGAAAUAAAGUUAAAUAAAAAUGUGAUGAUUAUAUUGCUAAACACAUUUUCGAAUCUCUACUACACUAUAAACAAGUUUUUACACGUGGGAAAAAUGGAAAAAAUGGAAAAAGCGGAAAAAGUGGAAAAGGCGGAAAAAGUGGAAAAAGCGGAAAAAGCGGAAAAAGCGGAAAAAGCGGAAAAAGUGGAAAAAGCGGAAAAAGCGGAAAAAGUGGAAAAAGCGGAAAAAGUGGAAAAAGCGGAAAAAGUGGAAAAAGCGGAAAAAAUGAACGGGGCGAAAGCCGAGCGUACCAACGCAUGCUUUUGGGAAGAUAGUCGGGAAUGUGUUAACAAUGAGACGAAAUAUAAUUAUUUUAUAAAAGAUGAAUUAUUAAAAAAUAUAAUAAAAAUAAUAAAAAAAAUAUAUAUAGAUAUAAAAAGAAAGAGUAAUACAAAUAAAAAAAUAGGAAUAACAGAUAGAGAACUAAUAGAUAUAAUAGUUGCUUUAAAAAACACAAAAUUACGAUUAUAUAAUAUUUUAUUUUUUUUAUCAAAAAUAUAUAUUAAUCAAAUGUUUUACAAUAAAUUUACAAAAGUAGAACAUCAUGUAAAAUAUGUAAAUAGCAUAAUAUAUCUUGAUUUUAUAAAUGAAUCAAAUAUAUUAUAUAUGUCUAUAAUUGGAAAAGAUGAAAUGGAAAUAACAAAAAUAAAUCAAACUUCGUUAAUAGGAAAAAAAAACAUAUUUUGUCAUAUUUUAUUUGAUAAUUUUUUGAGAUUAAAUUUGACAGCAUUAUUUGUUCCAAAUAUUUCAACAUAUAUUUUGAAUAUACUUAUUUUAUAUCUUGAUGUAGUAAAUUAUAAAUUUGAAAAAAAAAAAAAAAAAAAAUUUUUAACAAAAAUCAUAUUUUUUACACAAUCUUUAUUAAAAUUAUAUUAUCUGACUAACACCAUACUACCAAAUGACUUAGACAAAAGAAACGUCUUCCUCAUUUUUCUAUUACUCUCACUGAACAGUACCAAUAACACAAACAAUACUAAGACCAACCGUAAUAGUGGCGGUAGUGGCGGUAGUGGUAGUAGCGAUAGUGGCGGUGUAAGCAUGUCAACAGUCCCCCUUGAUACGUUAAAACUGUUUUAUAAUAAAAUAAUUUUGAACAAUACGGACAAUUUGCAAACUACCCCAAUACAUUCUUCUUUUGUACAUCAUACUAUAUACAGAUUUUUAUUUAACUUUUUCAAAGAGCAUUCCGAUAAAUAUAAAGUUGUCAAUGAAGCAUCAAUUCAUUUUUAUAAUGUUGAUUUAUGUAUAGAGAAAAAUAAAUCUUAA